AUGGACCGAGUGCAGUCUCUAGAUGGCGCCGCCCAGGAGAUCCUGAAGCCCGAGACCUUCGAGGGCAAGUUCGACGUCAAGGAGUUCGUGGCAUCAUUCUCCGAGAAACUCAUCGCACAGUCGAAGCACGACUCUGGGCCCUUCGACGCGAAACCCUUCAUCCAGUCGUUUGAAUCGGCCGUUGAUCGUCUCAUUGCAAUUCGGAAAGAUGUUCAGGACAAGACGGAGCGCAUGGAGAAGACUGUCCGAGUAGCAGAGCGGGAGUACUCGAAGAAGAUGGCCGAGCUCAACCGCGGUUUCGAUACUGUCGGCACUUCCUUCUCCAGCAUGGAAAGUCGUAUGAGUGAAGUUGGACGGACUGCCAUCCGGAUAGGCGAGCAGCUUGAGUCAGUGCAUCAAGAACGCCUACGUGCGCAGGCCGCCUACGACAUCAUUGACUAUUACAACCAGUUCACUCGUGAUGAUACCAGCAAGCUCGACGCUUUGCUGAAGGAAGGCCGUGAAGGCAGGCGAAAGGUCGCCGUACUAUUACGACGCUUGACUACCGUUGCAAAAGAGGUCGACUUACCCAGCGCGGAGAAGACUAGAGAGAACAUCGAGCGCUAUUGCGAGAAGUUCGAGAAGGACAUGCUGUACUCAUUUGACCGCUGGUACCGGAAAAGUGAACCCAAGAUGAUGCGUCAUUGCGCUCAAACUUUACUCGACUUCAACGGUGGCGCAUCCUGCGUACAAGUCUACGUCAAUCAACACGACUUCUUCAUCAACCGUGUGAAGAAGUCAAAUGAGACUGAAGACGCGUUGUUGUGGGAGGCGUUACCUAACCCUAACGCUACACCUCCAAAAACCGAGUCUGGAUUGCAUACACUUCUCAAAGAGAUCAGGACAACAGUUGAUCAGGAGGCACAGAUCGUGCAAGCGGUCUUCCCAAAUCCUCCCUUCGUGAUGCAAGUGUUCUUGCAACGCGUAUUCGCUCAGUCUAUCCAACAAGUCAUGGAAGAGCUGCUCAAUCGCGCGUCAGGAAUAUCAGAGCUUGCGUUUCUACGCAUCUUGCAACUCUGUCAUGCGCAGAUAUCGCUACUCAUGGAGGAUCUGAAAGGGCAUGAGGUUCAAGCUGUUCUUCCUCGCUCGCCGAUCAGCAGCGGUCCCGAUCUUUCGUCUCUCAAACUCGGUUCUCCACCCGCGGCUGGCACAGGUACUGUCACUGCAAUUAGUACAAUGCUGGAAGCCGCGAUGGAGGAGCUCUUUACCCCGUACACGGAGGCUGGGCGAUACUUGGAAAGAGAGCAAAAGUCGCUUGGCGAGCUAUAUUCGAGCUGCCUUGUCGUCUUCACUCGCUACCAUGAGCGCGUGAACCGCGCCAAAUCAUCCGUGUUUGAUCGUGUCAUGAACGCAACGUCGGGCGCUUCUGGCACAUCGAAGAUGGCAGCAGCAGCCUUGGCGCGAUUCGGUGUUGGCAAGUCCGAGGUUGCUACCGAGACUCCGGGCGAGGAGCCUUUGCGUGACGAGGAUGGUGCCCUCAGCAUCGAUCUUGCGGAGACGAUGCUGAAGUGGCAUGCUGAGUGUGUUGGGCGGCUUGUCGAGCUCAGCUCCCCCAAUGAUGUGCCGAAGCAUGUCUUCGCGCUGUUCAAAACACUAUCCGACUUCAUAUCGAACGCCUAUCUUGAGAUCGCUAUGGAGACAGCUACAGCACGCCUUGAGACCACCAACCAUUCGAUAACGGACCCGAAUCUGCAGGCGCUGAACGUUCUUCGAUCUGUUGAUCUCAUCACCCACCUUUGGCAACAAUACGUCAAUGUCGCUCUCCUCCCCCUCGCUGCCAGUUCAGUCACAACGCGGCGCGAGAUGACCAUCUUCAAUAACCAGACGGUCAGCAAAGUCGAGGGUGCUGCGAAUAACCUCACCCAAAGGCUCACGGACGCCAUCGUGACCUGGAUAAGCGCUCAGCUGGCGAAGCAGAAGAAGACCGACUUCAAGCCGCGGAACGAUGAUAUCUCCUUUGCGCGCGUCAACACCGAGCCUUGCGAUGCCAUCUGCGAGAUGCUCGACCGCAUUGGUGUAGCCGCCAAGCAGAACCUCAGCGGCAAGAACCUCGAGUCCUUUCUCACAGAGGUCGGUGUAGCCUUCCUCAGCCUGCUCCUCGAUCACCUACGCAAGUUCCCCGUGAGCGCAACGGGUGGUCUGAUGCUUGCGAAGGACCUCAAAUCCUACCAAGACUCCAUUGACGCCUUCGGCGUCCCCGCCCUUCACGAGCGCUUCGAGUUUGUCCGCCAGCUCGGGCAGAUCUUCCUCGUGCGACCCGAGAUCCUCAAGUCCUACAUCACUGAAGGCUAUCUUGGACGCAUCGACCCGUCUCUCUUGAGACCGUAUCUUGCACAGCGCGCGGACUGGGGAUCGUUCGAGAAGGGCUUCGACGGUGCCGGCUCAGCCGCGGACGGCGAAGCCGGCUUGGGCAAGGACAAGAACGGCCUGCGCGACCGGUUCGGGAUGGGCAGGUUGAGCGUCAUGAUGAAGGAUAUCGAGGGCUUGAGAGAGCUCAAGCUCGGCGAUAUGCCGAGCGUCGAUAUGCCGAAGAUGCCCAACUUGCCGACCGGGUUCGCCAGUAGCUUGUCGUUCUCGACGAAGGCGUUCAAGCGCUCGAGCGGAGAUGCCGGUCCGGCGAUUGUCGCGCCGCAGUGA